AUGAGAAACGAAGUUGAGGAAGUGGAGAAGAUGCUGCGCGAUUCGACAUUUUAUAUGCCAGUGAGCAAUGAGGAGAAGGCUGCUGUGUAUGCAGCCAUGGCAAAUGACUUUAGAGGGACUGGGCAUUGGUAUUACUGUGAGAAUGGCCACCCAUUUACGAUUGGAGAGUGUGGUAUGCCAAUGGAAACCUCUCAAUGCCCACAAUGUGGUUCUCCGGUCGGCGGUCAUGAUCAUGAGGUCGUUGGUGGUGUCAGACCUGCGACCGACUUGGAGCGUCAAUUCGGUGGACUUAGAAUUUAA